AUCUAAACAGAACCAAAAAUUUGUUCGCGGCGGAUAUCGCAGCCAUAAAAGGUGUUUUGGCGAAUGCAUCCACUUUAAAGUGGAUUUAGCACAUUCGACUUGUGUCAUUUAGAUAUCCUCCUCCGCAAUGCCUGCAAAUUAAGAACUGAAGGGAUAUAUUCAAAAUGAUCUGGAUUACACAAGAGAAGAGCUGGUCGAUUGUGGUCUUCAUUGUGGUCGAGUGCUUUUCAUUUGGAAUCACAAACCUUUCCGGCAGAGUAAUCGUUGAAACUCAGUAUGGCAAAAUUCUCGGAAAAACGACGCGUUUUUCGAAUGAAAUUGGCGAAUUUCAAUCCGUUAACUCAUUUUUUGGAGUUCCUUUUGCCUCACCGCCAGUGAAUCAACUUCGAUUUAAACCGCCCCAACCCCCAGCUGCAUGGAAGCCUCGAACAUACAAUGCAACCUUUUUCAGGAACGUUUGCCCGCAAAAUUAUUCUUCUUACUUUGAAAGGUCCAUUCGCAAUGUUUGGCCGGAAUUUUCUUGGGAAAAUGACUCAAAUGAAGACUGCCUGCAUUUGAAUAUUUUCACUCCAGGAAAAAAGCCAUCAAGUGCGAGUCGUUUUCAUCCUGUUAUAAUGUUUAUUCACGGAGGGAGUUAUGUAUAUGGGACAACUGCUCGUGACACCACACCCGGAGAGGUACUGCCCCGCUUGGGCGUUGUCCUCGUCACGAUCCAGUACCGCCUUGGUCCUUUUGGCUUUAUGACUGCUGGUGAUGGUGUUGCGCGUGGAAACUGGGGAAUGUUAGAUCAAUUAGAGGCCCUUAAGUGGAUAAAAGAAAACAUCGAGGUAUUUGGGGGAGAUCCGAAAAGAGUCACCAUAUUAGGGGUGAGCUCCGGUGGGGCCAGUGUUGGCCUGCACAUCUUGUCACCACUCUCAGAGGGACUUUUUCAUCGAGCCAUAACCGAGAGUGGCGUGGAAUUUUCGCCAUUUGCCUUUAAUUCAGUGAAAAAAGCUGUUGAAAAGACUAACAUCACAGCAGAGAAGCUUAACUGUGAUACGACCAGUAGUAAAAGCAUGAUGGAUUGUCUUCGGAACAAAAGCGCUGAGAGUUUCAUCGAGAAAUUUGAAUGGCAAAACACAGGGCCGGUCAUUGACAGCUACUUCAUUUAUGAUACACCAGAGAAUCUUCGUGGAUCUGGAAAAUUCUCCAAGGUUCCCCUCAUAAGUGGUUUUAACAGUCAUGAAGGCGCGCACAACACCCCCCCGGAAUUAUAUCCUCCAAAAGAAAUUACGCCUUCUGACUUUAGAGAAUUUAUCGACUCCUUCGUGGAAAAAGAGAGACUGCAUAAUAACAAAACCACUGGGAUUAUAGAGGAUGCAAUUGAAUUCCAGUACACUCCUUGGAGUAAAACGCCUAACUCACCCUCCCUCCGUCAAGAAAUCGUCAACAUUCAGUCAGACUACUUCGUGGCAGCCCCCACUCUGGAGGUGCUGGGGAUCCAUAGCGCGCAUGCCGACGCUUACAUGUUUGAGUUCAACCACAGGUCUACAGAAACUGGUACGGAUGCCUGGAAGGGGGUAGCACAUGGGGAUAACACGCCCUACGUGUUUGGUGCGCCAUUUCUGAACAGCAGCGCCUUGAACUUCACAGAUGAAGAUCGGAAUGUAAGUCACUUAAUCAUGGAACUUUAUGCGAACUUUGCCAAGCACGGGAACCCUACACCUCACCAGGUACGUGGGCUUGUCUGGGACAGGUUCAACUUGAGCAGUAAGUUGUAUUUACGUAUCAACAACAGAUCUCAGAUGGAAGCUUUCUAUGAACCACGUAGAAUGGCGUUUUGGAACAACUACUAUCCAAAGAUACUGAACUUUACAAAACCAGGAUCGCUUGCGAAAUACAACGAGGAAGAUGUAAGACCCGCGAACAACUCGGGAAACCAUACCACAUGCACAAACAUUGGUGUGAAACUAUGCUUAGACCCAGGCUUCCUCGGAUUUUUUGCAUCUGUCCUUCUUUUUGCGUUGCCAGGUGUUUUUCGCUGAUUUUGAAAUUCUGCUGUAAACAACCACCAAGGUGAAACAGAAUUAUUCGUUUAUUAAAAAGUGGUUGUGGUUUAUUUUCUCAAGGGCAACGAGUUUGCAGGACUUUAUUGUCAAAAACCAUUCGCAAUGGCUCUUGAAGAGCCCAAAUACUUUUGAAUUUAUUUGGAACUGCGCAGAGCUAAAACCAGAAGUCACUGAACUGUACAAUGCUGGAAAUACUGGAACACGAGCAAGCGAUGUACAUUGUUAUUAACUGAAUACAAAUAAUUUAUUCGGACAAUUUUGACAAAUUUCUAUCCUCGUUGUCCGUAUAUGACAUCAUGCAUAUUUUCCUAUCUGUAUAAUCCUGGUUUUAGUAUGUACAUCUCAUGUUUUGUUCGUUGGAUCUCUAUGAAAGACUUAAACUACUUGCUAGUUAUAAAAAUGUAUUUCGGGAACAUUUACCCACAAGGGAAAUACCGCGCCUUAACGUUUUGCAUUCUGACUGGCUGUAGUUGUGGCUUCACCAGAAAUUUAAAUUUCGAAAUUUUAAGGAAAGAGCUUCCUGGUGGAGUUUUAAAAAUUGAACUGCGCUCUUACUUUUUCAUCGUAAUUACCAACCUUUGCAUGAAAAACUGAAAUGUUCAGAGAGUGAAGACAUUAUUACUGAUGCGAUCUUAUUAUCAACUUUAAUUAAAUUGUUACUCACAUGCAUUCAAAAGAAAUCUACACGUUAAAUUAUUUCUCAAAACCAAUGUACCUACUUAUCUUUUUUUCUCUGUUGGUUUUAAACUUUUUUUCCGGUCGCACGAACAUUAACUAUCUGCGCGGACGAUUUCUUACAAACUAAAGCCAAAUUAUGCGCUAGGUAAACGAGGUUCAGUUGAGUUGACAAGAAUACAUUCUGUAAAAAUACUAGAAACACUAUAAAUGAGAUAAAUACGAAAGCAAAAGACACAAACAGUAAAUUAUUGGGUGAACGAUCUGCACUGACGCCAUGUUUCACAUUCGAAAUUUCAUUUAAAUUUGAGUUCAGUGUUUCAGUUUUUUCGGAUAUAAUUGUUAACGUAAACAGGCCUUUUUUUUGUCGAUAAAAUUCCA